GGUGCGCGGCCCGAAGCGUUCACUGCGCUCCGCAGGCAGCAUCGGUGCCGGCAGCUCGUCCGUCGGCAACAGCGAGUCGGGGAACGGGCCGCUCCCGGCAUGGGGCGCUGCUGGGGUCAGCCCCUUGGCUGGGUCCUGCGCGCCCCCGGGUUCUGCCUGCGGCGCCGCCCGCGGGGCCUGUAGGGGCGGCCGCGCCGCGCCUGGCCGGGGGCAGCGGCGGCAUGAGGAGCCGCUGCGGCCGCCAGCAGUGAAUGGGCGUAAGGGCGGAGCGGGAGGAGACGGAGCCGCCGCCGGUGCUGCUGCUGCAGCCGCUGCCGCCGCCGCAAUGUCUCAGGAGAAAAUGGAGCUGGACCUGGAGCUGCCGCCGGGGAGCGCCGCGGCCCCGAGCGACGGGGGCGGCCUGAGGAGAUCCAACAGCGCCCCCCUGAUCCACGGGCUCAGUGAUAACUCCCAGGUGUUCCAGGCUAGCGUUCUGCGAACCCGCAGGAACAGCACCACGGUUAUGAAUCGCCAGAGUUUGUUUGUGUCAUCAUCUCCCAUCCGUAUGCCUAGCAGCCGGCUUCAUCAGAUCAAGCAGGAGGAAGGAAUGAAUUUGCUGAACAGAGAAACAGUACAUGAAAGAGAAGUGCAAGUAGCAAUGCAGAUGAGCCACUCAUGGGAGGAGAGCUUGAGCCUGAGCGACAAUGAUUUUGAGAAGUCCUCAUCACCAAAGCAAGUGGACUUUGUCCCAGUUUCUCCAGCUCCUUCACCUACCAGAGGAAUAGGGAAGCAAUGCUUCUCACCAUCUUUGCAAAGCUUGGUGAGCAGCAGUGGCUUACCUCCGAGCACCAGCCCGAGCCCAACAAGAAGGUUUUCAAGCAGGAGAAGCCAGAGCCCAAGCAACUGCCUUCGACCAAGUGUUCUUGGGUCAAUCAAAAGAAAAGGUGUAACAGAGAUGGAAGAUCAUCCAAAAAGAUUAUUUCAAGGAUCCACCAACAUGCUUAGCCCUGAAGUUUCCCAUCAGGCAGACCUUGGAGGAUGUCUGUCCUCACACGUUCUGGAUGACAACAGAAGCAGUGCAGGCUCUUCCUGUGACUCACCAGCUGAAGGUGGCACCAGCACAGACUCUCCAGUCUCCCUCUCUGACUCCAGAUCUCCUUUUUUACCAGUAGAUCUUACAGCUAAGUUACCUAUCAAUUGAAAAGCAGAAGUCACCAGGAAGCAGGCUGGCCAGCACCGAGACUUUCUCUUGUGUGUAACUGAUUCUGUUCCUCAUAGGAACUUCCAGAACUCUUCUUAUUUCUAGAAACCUUCCAGAAUAGUUCCUUGAGGAGGAAUUCACAUUUCUAGUGAUUUGUAUGACAUUUAAUACCAUGCAGUAAGCAGCCCUGUUUGAUGCUGACAUCCAAUGGACGUUGUCUUGUUGGCACAAGUUGCCAACACUGUGCCCAUUCUGCUUGUGGAAGACUUUGCUGUCUAACAGCCAUCAGGCAGUGUCCUCACCAAUACCAAGUGGUGCUUAUAGAGGAGCAGACAACUUUACAUUUGUCCUCAGCCCUAAACCCAAGGAAGCAGCUUACUAAAUAGUUUUUUAUUCCCUGAGUUGAAGAUAUUUCUAUUUUUUGUUCUUCAUAGGAAAGAGGGAAUGCUGGAUGGGGGGGGGAAGGAGGAGGGGAUGUGGGGGGGAUUGGUUCUUCUGCUCUGUUACAGUUGGCUGUUAAUUCUGUGUUCUACUAGAUGUCAAAAGAGCAAGUUGGUAGAUUGUCAAAUGUAUGUGUUGGGUCCAUUCAUGAUCAUGUCUGCUGUGGUGACUUCAUUCCAAAGUAGGUGGGGAACAUUCUUCUUUGUAUGAGUUUGGGUUUCCUUCCCUCUUUAGGUGAUGUGUUUGAGUGACAGGUGUGCUUAGGUAAAGGUCUUUUAAUAGAGGAAAAAUAGGAACUACGUUUGGAACAAAACCCUAAAGAGCAUUUAGCACUUCAGAAGUGCAUUAUCUUAACAGACAUAACUGACCUGGGUGGGGCUAACGCAGUGAAUGCCUUUUGACAGGCUGAGGUGAUCAACACAAUGAACCUCCUGAUGUCACUUCCUUAAUGGCAUCUCCUUACUUCUGCUGCUGGAAACUUCACCUGCUGCAUGGAGGCCUCGAAUUUGGCAGUCUGAGGUGUCUGAGGACUUUCACCCUGUAUUUUGAGAAGCCAUUGAGUUGAGGAAUUCCGAUCUCAACUCUGAAAUUCCCCAAGCAGGAGCAGAAAGUUUUUGCCAGUAGCAACCUUGGUUGGUACACAGCUGAAGGUCCCCAUCUGUAUGUGUGUCUGCAGCUGUGCUAAGUGGCUUCAAGCCUUUCUCUCCAGGGAGGUUCACAAGGAGGCACAAUGGUUUCUUUUUAACACUAAAUCUGUGUGAUAGAACUGGGAGAAGCAUGGAAGCUUCCUCAAGUAAGGACAGCAGCCCACUCUAAACUCAGUGGGUGAAGCUUUGAUUGACAGCAGGCAGCAAGAGUAGAAAUGGGCAGCUUAGAGUGCAAAGACCUGGUGACCUAAGGACCAAUGACCACUUUCUGUGUGUCCUUACUGUAGGGAGCAAAUAGAAUGUAUUUAGUAGUUAGACUCAAGGCAGGAGUUGGUUUACUUCUGAUUUCAUUCCUCUUAACUUAUUAUCCUGGUCAGUUUACCCAUGGCAGUCCCUUCUUCAAUCCAGGCUGCCCUCCCUCCCUGUGGCAGAUGGAGGCAAAGUUGUGUUUCACAUCUGUUUGCUCACCUCUGGCCUGGCUUCAAGUUCACAGUGUCAGGUUUGUGCCAAAGAGUUGCUGUGCAUUCGCUCUUCUCUGGUGAGGGCAAGAAUUUAUUAUCAUAUCAUUAUUAUUAUUAUUAUUAUUAUUAUUAUUAUUAUUAUUGUUAUUAUUCUCUUCUAGAAUCUUGCUUAUUUCAUAAGACUGAACCUCCUGGUGUCUCUUCCAGUUUUCUUUCCAGAAGAUGCAGCAGCAGAGGUGUUUCCUAGUUGCAUGUGAGUCAACUUGUCUCCUUUUUCUGUUGACUAUUUAUGCUAUUUGACAAAGAAGUGCCAAUAAAUGGAAAGAGGAAAUUGUGUUCUGCUGGGUUUGCACUUUGGUAGAGAUGUAACCAUGCCCUUGUUCUCCUCUGUGAUUAAAAGGUUUGAAUGUUAAACCAGAA